GUAAACUAAUUGAGCACUUGAGGUGUUGAAGUGGCGUUAAUUAGUCCAAUAAGCAGACGAUUUGACCCUAAUAGAGUCAUUACAAGGAGCAGCCCGGUCGGUCAGUGUGUGUCACUGUCUCUCACCCUCCCAACGCUUAGACAUUUCAACGUUCUCCUCCACAGCAACAGCAGCAGCAGCAGCAUCUCCUCUUCUUCACCGCAUCUGCCAGCCUAGCGAGCCUAAUCAGGUCUUCGUCUUCUUCUUCCUCAUCCCCGUGCCAAUACCGAUUUCGCGAGCUCCGAUGGAUUCCGCGAGAGAGGAGACGUCGCCAUGAGAGGGGAAGCCGAGCUGUGCGUGUAGCUCGCUGCAAUCGCUGCGCCGGUCAAGAAACCAGCCGGAAUCGGCGGCUGAUUCCGGUGGAGGAAGAUGCGGCGGAAGGCGGCCGGAGAUGCUGCUCUGGUAGGCGGCUGCUUCUUGCUGCUCCUCCACCCUCUCCUCUCCCAUGGCGCGGACAUGCCGUUGGGCUCCUCCCUCUCGCCGGCGAACCAGGCGUUGUGGUCGUCUCCCAACAACACCUUCUCCCUCUCCUUCACGGCGUCCCCGACCUCGCCGUCCCUCUUCGUCGCCGCCAUCACCUACGCCGGCGGGGUGCCCGUGUGGACGGCCGGCAACGGCGCGACCGUUGACUCCGGUGGCGCGCUCCGCCUCUCGUCCAGCGGCGACCUCCAGCUCGUCAACGGCUCCGGCGCCGUGGUCUGGUCAUCGAACACCGGCGGGCAGGGGGUCACCACCGCCGCGCUGCAGGAGAGCGGCAACCUCCUGCUCAGGAACUCGUCGGCGACGUUGUGGCAAUCGUUCGAACACCCCACGGACACGGUGGUGAUGGGGCAGAACUUCACCUCCGGCAUGAACCUCACCUCGGCGAGCUACCAAUUCUCCCUCGACCGGAACACCGGCAACCUCACCCUCAAGUGGACCGGCGGCGGCACGGUCACCUACUUCAACAAGGGGUACAACACCACCUUCACGGCGAACAAGACGCUGAGCUCGCCGACGCUGGCGAUGCAAACCAACGGUAUCGUCUCCCUCACCGACGGCUCGCUCACCUCUCCCGUCGUCGUCGCGUACAGCAGCAACUACGGCGAGAGCGGCGACAUGCUGAGGUUCGUGCGCCUAGACACGGACGGCAACUUCCGCGCCUACAGCGCGGCGCGCGGCAGCAACGCGCCGACGGAGCAGUGGUCGGCGGUGGCGGACCAGUGCCAGGUGUUCGGCUACUGCGGCAACAUGGGCGUGUGCGGCUACAACGGCACGUCGCCGGUGUGCCGGUGCCCGUCGGAGAACUUCCAGCUGAGCAACCCGGCCGACCCGCGCGGCGGCUGCCGGCGCAAGAUCGAGCUCCAGAACUGCCCGGGCAACUCCACCAUGCUCCAGCUCGACAACACGCAGUUCCUGACCUACCCGCCGGAGAUCACGACGGAGCAGUUCUUCGUCGGCAUCACCGCCUGCCGCCUCAACUGCCUCUCCGGCAGCUCGUGCGUCGCCUCCACGGCGCUCUCCGACGGCUCGGGCCUCUGCUUCCUCAAGGUGUCCAACUUCGUCAGCGGGUACCAGUCCGCGGCGCUGCCCAGCACGUCGUUCGUCAAGGUCUGCUUCCCGGGGAUCCCCAACCCGCCCCUCGGCGGCGGCGGGUCGCCGUCGGGCAGGGCGUCGGGCGUCCGCGGGUGGGUGGUCGCGGUGGUGGUGCUCGGCGCGGUGUCCGGGCUGGUGCUGUGCGAGUGGGCGCUGUGGUGGGUGUUCUGCCGGCACAGCCCCAAGUACGGCGCGGCGUCGGCGCAGUACGCGCUGCUGGAGUACGCGUCCGGCGCGCCGGUGCAGUUCUCGUACCGGGAGCUGCAGCGAUCGACCAAGGGGUUCAAGGAGAAGCUGGGCGCCGGCGGGUUCGGCGCCGUGUACCGCGGCGUGCUGGCGAACCGGACGGUGGUGGCGGUGAAGCAGCUGGAGGGGAUCGAGCAGGGGGAGAAGCAGUUCAGGAUGGAGGUGGCCACCAUCAGCAGCACGCACCACCUCAACCUCGUCCGCCUCAUCGGCUUCUGCUCCGAGGGGCGCCACCGCCUGCUCGUCUACGAGUUCAUGAAGAACGGCUCCCUCGACGCCUUCCUCUUCGCCGACGCGCCGGGCGGCAGGAUGCCGUGGCCGACGCGGUUCGCCGUCGCCGUCGGCACCGCCCGCGGCAUCACCUACCUCCACGAGGAGUGCCGCGACUGCAUCGUCCACUGCGACAUCAAGCCCGAGAACAUCCUCCUCGACGAGCACCACAACGCCAAGGUCUCCGACUUCGGCCUCGCCAAGCUCGUCAACCCCAAGGAUCACCGCCACCGGACGCUCACCAGCGUGCGCGGGACGAGGGGCUACCUCGCGCCGGAGUGGCUCGCCAACCUCCCCAUCACGGCCAAGUCCGACGUCUACAGCUACGGCAUGGUGCUGCUCGAGCUCGUCAGCGGCCACCGCAACUUCGACGUGUCGGAGGAGACCGGCCGGAAGAAGUACUCCGUGUGGGCGUACGAGGAGUACGAGAAGGGGAACAUCGCCGCCAUUGUCGACAAGAAGCUCCCCGGGGAGGACAUCGACAUGGUCCAGGUGGAGCGCGCGCUGCAGGUGAGCUUCUGGUGCAUCCAGGAGCAGCCGGCGCAGCGGCCGUCGAUGGGGAAGGUGGUGCAGAUGCUGGAAGGGAUCAUGGAUCUCGAGAGGCCGCCGCCGCCCAAGUCGUCGGACAGCUUCUUGAGCCUGACGUCGGCGACCACCGCCACCGGUGUCAGCGGCAGCGGCAGCACCAGCAUGGUCUCCACGUUUACUUCCUCGGCGGCGCCGCCGGCGCCCACGCCGUCGCCGAACGUCGACGAGGUCCAGCAGGAGAUGGCCGUGGGACGCUCGGCGUCGGCCAGGAUCCGCGACCGGGCGUCUCGUUCGCUGCUGGGGCAGGAGCCAUACAUGACAAUGUAAAACUUCAUCUUCUCAUGAGGUGAAUAGCAAAAUGAUUUUGCUUUUUUUUUUUGCUCCAGUAAAUGGGAAAAUUGCUCUGGUUAGUGAGCAAUUAGGGAGUUGAUCUGGUUGAUUUUGUUUUGGUGGAACAUAGAAGCAGCUGUCGGUGGAAGAGAAGUGCUUUUCACUGAUGGUGAGCAAUUUCGUACUUCUACUUGAGAGGAUAUCUAUGUGCCUGAUGAGCUGAAUUCUGCAAUUUGUAAGUACAGAUUAGAUCAAACUCAAUGGUAUAUUCGCGUUGUAACUUGUACAAAUAAUUCAAAUGAGGCGAUGCAUUGAUAAA